AUGUCGUCUGGCGCUGGCCGUGGCGGGGGCUUUGGCACGCCCACGCAACUCGGGGUGCAGUACUCCUCCGAGGAAGAGCGCAGCAUCUACGAGAAGGUGGCGACCAUCGAUGGCUACACCUUCGAGGUGCCGCCGGUUAACCGUUUCCACAGCAAAGCUGCGGAGUCCAAGUUUGUGCAACUUACCGGCUCCAUGAAUCCAAAGUUUGAUGCGGAGCGCUUUGAUGCUCUUCGUGAGCGUCUGCAGCAGGCUGACAAAAAAGGAAAGGACAGUCACUUGCAGGCCAUCGCGGUGCUCUACGCCGAGUCUCUUGGAAACAAUUUCUUAAGGGCCAAGAAUGUGGACCUUGCAGAGCUGGAGAGGUGCUUUUAUCCCACCCAUAUCCCCUCAUAUGCAGCCGCACUGCGAACCGUUGGACUUAAAAAGCCGCUUUGGUGGAGGCAGGGCCCUUUUGUACGCCUGGAGGACAUUUCACGACUUCCACUUUCUCGGUGUGAUGUCAACAAGCAAACAGUAAUGAGCUUUGAAGAGUGGUAUUGCCUGUUCUGGAACUACUACACACCUUUUAACACAUUGGCGUACUUACUGAUGGUGACAGCGCAAUCCACGUUUCCCACAAGGGAGUUGAUUGAUGGCACCGCGGAAUAUCUCGCCUACCGUCACUCUCUCAUUGAGGAUCCGAGGGCGAGGAAAGCGCCCAUCCUGUUUUUGGGCUCCCGCACAGGAAAGCUGGGCGGCCUACUGAAUCAAACAGGAAAGAUCCCCGUACCCGUCAUUCAUGUUCACGAGAAGCCCAACAUGAAUCCAUAUCUUCUUGUCAUACCACCAAAUAAACAGGACGAAUUUAAACCUCAUCCUAUAAUAAAAAUGAAGGAUCAGGUUGCGUUAGAGAAGUACGAACCCGCCAUUGUGCUGAUUUCUGACAUGAUCAUGAACAAUGAUCCUACUUCCAUGAUUCGACGUAUAGGGUCCGUGCGGGAGUACAUAUAUUUUGGUAUUCCCAACAGUUAUAUUGAGGGCCAUCCAUGGGAUACGUGGGGGAAUCCCAGAUACCGCGAGAAGGGAACGGACCACAUUCCAUCCUACAUCCGAGAAAAUUGGUUGAAGGUCUCCCUACCUCACCUCUCACGAUGGAUGAUUUACAAAACAGACAGUGAAAUGCAAAUGGGUAACGGGGCAGUUACAACGUGGAUGCGGCGCCCUUUGAAACCUUCGGCCAAGGCAAUAUUGAGUUGGCGUCUUGCACGGUACAAACCAUUUUACUGA